AUGGCAAACUCCCGUGUUCUUGAGGGGAAGCUUGGCCUCGUCACUGGCGGAUCGCGAGGAAUCGGUGAAGCGAUUGCACGUAACCUCGCCGCAAAGGGUGCCUCGCUUUUACUGAACUUCACAUCCGAGUCUUCACGAGCCGCCACAAACGAGCUAUGCGCCUCGCUAGCCGCGGCCCACGGAAUCCGAUGCGAAAGUGUCCAGGCCGACCUGAGUAAGCCCGAAGAGGCCGUCAAUAUCAUCGUUGCAGCUGCACAGGAGAAAUUCGGAUCCUCUGGGAAACUGCAAAUUGAUAUUCUCGUGAACAAUGCCGGUGUCUCGGCAGACCGGAACCUAAACGACGCCGCCAAGGGCCCCAUCGACGCCGACAUUUUCAACUGGCAUUAUACUAUCAACGUGCUCGCUCCUCUCCUCCUCACACAGGCCAUUACACCUUACCUUCCAACCGAUCGAAGCGGUCGCAUCGUCAACAUCUCCAGCGUAUCUUCAUCAAUGGGCUUCGUGGGCCAGUCAAUCUACGGCGGUACCAAGGCAGCACUCGAGGCUAUGACACGUACCUGGGCGCGUGAGUUGGCCGAUCAUGCCACCGUGAACGCAGUCAACCCCGGCCCUGUGAUUGGUGACAUGUACUUUAAAGCGGGUGAAGACUUCUGGGCCGAUAUUCAGGGUUUCCAGGAUAAUACCCCUGGAAGUAAGUUAGAUGUGAAUGACCCAGAUACUAUGGGCCGGAUCACGGAGGAGCAGGCGCGUCUGAUUCAAGAGAAGAUGGGUGGGCGGAGACCGGCUUUCACGAGUGAAAUUGCAGGUGUUGUGGGCAUGCUCUGUACACCGGAUGGGCAGUGGACUACCGGAAGUGUGGUUUGUGCCAACGGUGGAAUGAGAAUGACUGUGUAG